CUCGGCGUCAAACAGCGAGACCGGAGGAGCCGGUGGGGGCGAGUCUGUGUGUGAAUUGCCGUGAUAAUGGCGUUGUCUCAAGGAACAAAGAAAAAAGUUUGCUAUUAUUAUGACGGGGACGUGGGAAACUACUACUACGGCCAGGGCCAUCCGAUGAAACCUCACAGGAUUCGUAUGACACACAACCUCCUCCUCAACUAUGGGCUCUACAGGAAGAUGGAGAUCUAUAGGCCACACAAAGCCAGUGGGGAGGAGAUGACAAAGUACCACAGUGAUGACUACAUCAAGUUCCUGAGGUCCAUCAGACCAGACAACAUGUCUGAGUACAGUAAACAGAUGCAGCGAUUCAAUGUUGGAGAAGACUGUCCGGUGUUUGAUGGGCUGUUUGAGUUCUGCCAGCUCUCAACAGGCGGCUCUGUUGCUGGUGCAGUGAAGCUCAACAAGCAGCAGACCGAUAUCGCUAUAAACUGGGCAGGUGGGCUUCACCAUGCAAAGAAAUCCGAAGCUUCCGGCUUCUGCUACGUCAACGACAUCGUACUUGCCAUCCUUGAAUUGCUGAAGUAUCAUCAGCGGGUAUUGUACAUUGACAUUGACAUCCAUCAUGGCGAUGGUGUGGAGGAAGCUUUCUACACCACCGACAGGGUCAUGACCGUCUCCUUCCACAAGUAUGGGGAGUAUUUCCCUGGAACCGGAGACCUGAGGGAUAUCGGAGCAGGGAAGGGCAAGUACUACGCAGUGAAUUACCCACUGAGAGACGGCAUUGAUGACGAGUCUUACGAAGCCAUCUUCAAGCCUAUCAUGGCCAAAGUGAUGGAGAUGUACCAGCCGAGUGCUGUGGUCCUGCAGUGUGGAGCUGACUCUCUUUCUGGCGAUCGGCUGGGCUGCUUCAAUCUGACCAUCAAAGGUCACGCCAAGUGUGUGGAGUACAUCAAGAGUUUCAACCUCCCCCUCCUGAUGUUGGGCGGUGGGGGCUACACCAUUCGUAACGUGGCCCGCUGCUGGACCUAUGAGACAGCUGUGGCUCUGGAUAGCUCCAUCCCCAAUGAGCUGCCCUACAACGACUACUUCGAGUACUUCGGGCCGGACUUCAAGCUGCACAUCAGCCCGUCCAACAUGACCAACCAGAACACCAAUGAAUACCUGGAGAAGAUCAAGCAGCGCCUCUUUGAGAAUCUGCGGAUGCUCCCUCACGCCCCUGGGGUCCAGAUGCAGGCCAUCCCCGAGGACGCCCCGCACCCCGACAGCGGGGACGAAGGAGAAGACGACCCAGACAACAGAGUGUCGAUCCGAGCACAUGACAAGAGGAUCGCUUGUGAGGAAGACUUCUCCGACUCAGAGGACGAGGCUGAGGGACAAGGAGGCGGGCGCAGGAACGCAGCCAACCACAAGAAGACAAAGAGAGUGAAAAAGGAGGAAGAGAAGGAUGGGGAAGAGAAGAAAGACGUGAAAGAUGAAGAGAAGGAGGAAGAAAAGAUGGACACGUCUGGACCAAAGGAAGAGGUCAAAACGACAUGAAGAAGAGAAACGCAGUCCAGAUCCUCCUGCUGUAGCCCCUCCUCCAUGUUUCCAAACCAACCCUGUUUACAAGAAAAGAUUCCAAUUGUGCACAUGCUAACAGCAGAGCCGCAGCAUCAAUGCCUGAUUGUACUGACUCUUUGGUGCUAGAUCAUUGAACUCCUAAUGUCACUGAACCAGCAUGGCGCAGGUGUUUGGAUGCAUGUUUGCCAUCUGCUGUUACUUAACUUGCAUUUCCUUUUCUACCAAGUCGCAGUGAAACGUCCAAACGCGUGCCCGGUAAAUUAUGAAGCCGCUGUAGCUGGUCUUUUCACGCCGUUCUGUUCCUGCCACUUUGCUCAGGCAAGUCUUUCAUCCGGCGCCAUCAUGCUGCUCGUUUCUAAAUGACGCCAGAGAAAGACUCACGUGACACCGGCUCUAGAAGGAAGUCCGGCUUGUUCGAGAAAGUGUUUCCCUAAUUUUAUCACAAUGCCAAUGAAUGGAAUGAGCGUCCCUGUGUGGUUAUGAAAUUAAAGCUUUUCAAAUGUGCAUUGUUGUUCAACUUGAUAAUAAAA